UUUCCUCCAUAAACAAUGGCAUUGUCUUGGCAAAGCAUAUUCCCCUCCGUCCAUAUACCUUCAUUUCCAUUUCCUGUUCUCCUUCAACCUUUGAAAACUGUAGCCCCAAAAGAAAUAGUCAUGUCCACCAAGGUUCUCUUCUUCAUCUCCAGCUUAGCUCUUCUAUAUGUUGCCUACACCAUCCCCAGACAAGAUCCAAAGCAAACUAACCUUGUAGUUUAUGUGCAUGAUUACUUCACCGGCCCUGACAGUUCAGCAAUCACCGUCGCCGGGAAAAGUGGGCCCAACUUCCACAUCCUACACUUUGGGACAGUUGCAGUGGUUGAUGACCCAGUUACUGAAGGAGCCUCUAUCGAGUCCAGAGAGAUUGGUAGGGCUCAAGGGACCUACAUCAACUCUCAGCUUGAUGGGAAGGGCUUGUACAUGGUGUUUUCUCUUAUAUUCACAGAUGGGGAGUAUAAAGGGAGCACCUUGGAAAUCCAAGGAUCUGAUAUAUUUUCAAUGAAGGAGAGAGAAUUUGGGAUUGUUUCUGGGACGGGCUUUUUUAGAUUUGUUAAGGGGUAUGGUACUAUGCAAACUGAGUUCAUGGAUAUUCCUAAUUUGAGAGCUAUUAUCAAGCUCAAUAUUACUGUUAAGCAUUAUUAAUAACAUUUUUAUUUUUAUUUCCUUGUCA